UAUUGACACAGUUCAAUGUUUGAACAAACUCAACAGAGAGAUACGACCAUCCCCACUGACUGGAACAUUUUUAACAAGGCAGACAAUUCAAUGGAGAAUUACGAGAAAUAUACCGAAAAUGGGUUCGACACAGAUGAAGCUCCCUUCUAUCAUAGCCAAGACCAGAAACCAGUAUCCACAUUCACGGUAAGAGAUGGGCCCAGUUUUCCGCAUUACCGAUUGGUUACAAUAUGUUUGGGGCCACUUGGUGCUCUUCUACUGGUUGUUGCCAUUGUCCUGGGAGUAUACUGUAAUAAAGUCAGUGAGAGUCAUCUUCCACUAUAUCAGAAUUUAACACAGAUCAGCAGUGAGCUGGAGCAACUCAGAGCCUCCCAGAACAAUGUGAUUCAUGCUAAAGAGGAGGCCCAGAGAAAGUUACACAGAGAGCUCACUAGCCUCCACCAACUAGAGAUAGCAUUACAGCAACAGACGACCAGCAGCGAUAACUUUCAGGCGCAGAUUGAGAGCCUUCGCAAGGACAAGACGCAGCUGCAGUCCCAAAUAUCUUCGCUUGAGCUAAGCUGUGGCCUAUGUUUGCCAGGAUGGGAUCUGCUAAACUCAACAUGUUACUACUUUGCCAUUUCUGAUGCCAAAGAGUCUAGAAGCUGGGGAGAGGCCAGAAAAGAAUGUUUAAGUUAUGGAGCUGACCUAGUUGUGGUAGAUAGCUGGGAGAAGCAGGAUUUUAUCAAUAAGGCAAUACAAGCAUUAAGAUACAGCUCAGGAUCCUGGCACCUAACAGGGUUCUGGAUUGGACUGAAGGAGGAAGAGGAUAAAGAGGGAACCUGGGCAUGGCUUGAUGGGACUGAACUGACUCAGGGAUACUGGGCAGAUGGGGAGCCUAACGACGAUAUGAAUAACGAGGACUGUGCAGCCAUUUACUCCAAAAACCAUCCCAAGACGACUUGGGAUGCCAUGAAGACUUGGAACGAUGCCCCAUGUAGAUAUGCACUGAAAUGGAUAUGUGAAAUGAAAGCAAAGGAAGUUCAGGAAUUAAAGUUGUAAUAAUUUGUCUCAUGAGUGUUGUCAUAUGCAAAGACACUACAUGUUAAAAGAAAAUGUUUAUAACAAAAGUAAAUUAAAAUUGGGCAAUUAUAAUACAUCA